CUUUUACUUAUUUUAUUUAGUUACACGCGAAUACUUCUGUUCCUCUUGGGUUAUAUUAGCGAGUGCUGGAAUAUUGCCUUUAAUGUUAAAUAUUUUUAUACAUAUUUAAAAAUUACAAAACUUUCAAAAUGAGUACAAUUUUGGAAAAGAUUUCCGCUAUAGAAGCUGAAAUGGCGAGAACUCAAAAAAAUAAAGCUACUUCGGCUCAUUUAGGUCUAUUAAAAGCGAAAUUGGCGAAACUACGGCGAGAACUUAUAUCUCCAAAAGGCGGCGGGGGUGGUGCUAGCUCAGAAGGAUUUGAAGUGGCAAAAACCGGCGAUGCACGCGUUGGUUUUGUUGGGUUUCCAUCAGUGGGAAAAUCAACAUUGUUAUCAAAUUUAGCAGGCGUUUAUUCAGAAGUAGCUGCUUAUGAAUUUACCACAUUAACAACGGUACCAGGAUGCAUUAAAUAUAAAGGUGCAAAAAUUCAGUUACUUGAUUUACCCGGUAUUAUUGAAGGUGCUAAAGACGGCAAAGGUCGAGGUCGGCAAGUUAUAGCAGUUGCGCGAACUUGUAAUUUAAUUUUUAUGGUACUUGACUGCCUUAAACCUCUUGGACAUAAAAAGCUAUUGGAGCAUGAAUUAGAAGGGUUUGGAAUUCGUCUUAAUAAGAAACCACCAAAUAUAUAUUUUAAGCGCAAAGAUAAAGGUGGUGUCAAUUUAAACUCUAUGGUCCCUCAGUCUGAAUUAGAUUCUGAUUUGGUAAAAACAAUAUUAUCUGAAUAUAAGAUUCAUAAUGCAGACAUAACAUUACGCUAUGACGCUACAAGUGAUGAUUUAAUUGACGUAAUAGAAGGCAAUAGAAUCUACAUCCCCUGCAUUUAUCUAUUAAAUAAAAUUGAUCAAAUCUCUAUUGAGGAAUUGGAUGUUAUAUAUAAGAUACCGCAUUGUGUUCCUAUAUCUGCGCAUCAUCGCUGGAAUUUUGAUGAUUUAUUAGAAUUGAUGUGGGAUUAUUUGAAAUUAGUGCGAAUUUACACAAAACCUAAAGGACAACUGCCUGAUUACAGUUCGCCUAUUGUUUUACAUAGUGAACACACUUCUAUAGAGGAUUUUUGCAACAAACUGCAUCGCUCAAUUGCUAAGGAAUUUAAAUAUGGUCUUGUUUGGGGUUCGUCUGUAAAGCAUCAACCACAAAAAGUUGGAAUUGAGCAUGUGCUAAAUGAUGAAGAUGUUGUUCAAAUUGUUAAGAAAGUCUAAAAUUAAAAUGUCUGUUUUGCGUCCAUUAAUAUUAUGUUGCAUUUUUCUAUAUAAAUAAAUUAAAUUGGCUUUAAAAACUAGAAUUGAUUUAUGUAAAUGCAAAAUAAAAUAGCAAGGUUUUAAUAUAUUUUUAUAUUUGUAUUUUGAUUUUCCUAUUAAAAUUUAAUAAACUUCUUCAAA